CCAACGAAACCAAACCUGCAAGGAGACAGCGAAAAAAAAUCUAGAACCUUCCUUGGCUGCGGCGAGCCCACGAAAUCCAACUGCUGCCAGACUGCCACGGCCAUUCCCGUUAAGGAAGGAAUCCGGGAAUCGACUCCGGCAGGAUCCUACGGCGCAGCGGCGAGGGGAGGAAUCCACGCGAGGGCAGCGAGGGGAGGAAUCCACGCGAGGAGGCGGCCAGGGGAGGAAAUGGUGUGGGAGUGGGAGGACGGCGAGGAGGCGGGGCGGCAGAGCGACGAGGUUCCCGUCGAUUUCGACUUCAUCUCUCUCCUCUCCAAGCCCAAGGAUUACUACAAGAUAUUGGAAGUUGAUUAUGAUGCGUCAGAGGAGACAAUCAGGUCGAGCUAUAUCCGUCUUGCACUGAAAUGGCACCCCGACAAGAAACAAGGGGAAGAAAAGGCAACAUCCAGAUUUCAGGACAUUAAUGAGGCAUACCAAGUUCUCAGCAAUCCAAUAAAACGACAGGAGUACGACAAGAAAGGCGUUUUGUAUGUUCAGGAUCAGAAUGCAGCAGAUUACCUUAACCGACACAAGGGUUUAAUACUUACAUGCAAUGGCCUUGGUGUAAGGUACUCAGUAUGGUGAGCUUUCUCAGAGGCUACCAGAGUCUGUCUGUGCUGUCCUGGAUGAUGUGUGUAGUUGUAUAAUCCCAUCUAGUUCCCAAAAUUUAGCAGGGUACUACCUUUUGGGGGGCUAACAGGACAACUUAGAGUUCAUCCUACAACAGGCAUGAUUUAUAUUUGUUGAUUGUCUGUUGUAGAUUGCAAGAAACAGAGAUGUCCUAUGUUGCAUAUUGCUCCUGAAACACUGUUCCUAACAUAUUAAAUGUCAGGAUCAGUUCCUGAA